AUGUUGCCGGUAUCAAAAUUUAAAACUAAGGAGGGCAAGAACUCUAGAUUUGAUUUUCGCAAACUCGGCCUCAAGUACUGUGAUCUACCAACUAUGAUAGAAAACGUAGCCAUAUUCCUCAGGGUGUUGACCCUUAAUAUUGAUAAUAGGCACAAGGAACGAAUACCUCUCUGGUCCUAUCUCGUCACCAUCAGCACAGCUUCAGCGUACUUCUUCGUGUUCGUAGUCUCAGCUAUUUGGUUCGUAAAGGAGCGGUGCGUGGCCGAACACGACCUCUUGAAAGGCAUCAUUAUGUUCUCGCUGUGCGUCUCGAGUGAGAUCGGCAACGCUAAGGAUAUUAUCAGAAAAAUUGUAGAUGAGAGUUUAGAGUUUGAUGCAAAAAUUGUUCCCGGGAGUCGGUUUUCUAAUAAAGUUUUGAAAUCUAUGAGGAAGGCCAAGUUACGGGCCAUGGUUUACUGGUUCAUCAUCAUGGGGAAUGGCAUGGCGUAUGUUGGCAAGCCCCUCUUCACUCCCGGCAGACAUUUUAUGGAUAAUGUGUUCACUCUUUAUGGUCUAGAACCGAUGGAGAAGUCUCCCAACUUCGAAUUCGGUUACGCCCUAGUCGCCGCCAGCGUCUGGUUCCUUUGCUAUGUCCCAGCCAACGUCACCUCCGUGCUCAUAGUCUUCGCGGGCUACAUCGAAGCACAAAUGCUGGCCCUCACUCAAGAACUGCUCCACAUCUGGGCCGACGCCGAACAACACUACGCCAAUAUCAACCUUAGCACGUUAAAAAGAGGGACGUUUCUCGACGCCAAAUUCAAGAAAAGAGUCAUCAACGAGUUUAUAGCUAUGCGACUCCAUGAUAUAAUAAGGAAGCAUGCGACGAAUGUGCGCAUUCUACAUUUGCUGGAAGAAGUAUUUAAAGGGGCGAUAGCUUUCGAAUUCCUGUUCCUAAUAAUGGGUUUGAUAGCUGAGCUGCUGGGUGGUCUGCAGAACACGAUUUUAGAGAUGCCGUAUGCAUUUGUGCAGGUAGCUAUGGACUGUUGGACUGGCCAGCGAGUAAUGGACGCCAGUGCACAAUUCGCAGCAGCUGUGUACGCUUGCAACUGGGAGAUGUUUGACGUCCCGAAUAUGAAGAUUGUACUGCUGAUGCUGGCUAGUGCACAGAAGACGAUGAAACUCUCUGCUGGGGGCGUGACGAUGCUGAGUUUCGAAUGCCUCAUGAGUGUUGUUAAGAAUAUUUAUUCCGCCUACACGACACUGCGAUCUGCUUUUACUAUUAAUUUGCAUGCACAUUAG